CCAGGUUCCACAGCGGGACAUCCAGCAGCUUCUCCGGAAGGCGGGACAUCCAGUCCGGGUUACCUACGAGUUGAGAGCGGAGGACUUAACCAAGACAGCAGAGUCAGUAUGGCUGAGCGCUAUGACUGCACACAGUGUAGGGGCUCCUUGUAUGGGAAGAAGUACAUCAUGAGGGAGGAACACCCGUACUGCAUCAAGUGCUAUGAGGCACUUUUCUCCAGCAACUGUACAGUGUGCAAGAAACUGAUUAGCUGCACCAGCAAGGAUCUGUCGUACAAAGAUCGCCAUUGGCACGGUGACUGCUUCCUCUGCAAUAAGUGCAGCCGAUCACUGGUCGAUCGGCCUUUUGCCACCAAGAAUGACAUGCUGAUGUGCACUGACUGCUACUGCAAAGAGUACUCUGCCAAGUGCCAUGCAUGUCAGAAGACCAUCAUGCCCGGCACCAAAAAGAUGGAGCAUAAGGGUAACAGUUGGCAUGAGAAGUGCUUCAUUUGCAAGUACUGCCAGCAGCCCAUUGGGACCAUGAGCUUUGUUAAGAAGGAAACCAACAACUACUGCCUGGGCUGCUAUGAGAAGCACUUUGCUUUGCAGUGUGUUCACUGCAAGAAGCCCAUCACCACUGGAGGGGUGAGCUACCGUGACCAGCCCUGGCAUAAGGAAUGCUUUGUAUGUACUGGGUGCAAGCAGCAGCUUGCUGGCCAGCGGUUCACCUCUCGGGAUGACUUAGUGUACUGCCUCGAUUGCUUCUGCAACAUGUUUGCCAAGAAAUGUGCCUACUGCACCACCCCAAUCAGCGGUCUCGGGGGCAGCAAGUACAUCUCAUUUGAGGAUCGCCAGUGGCACAACGACUGCUUCAACUGCAAAAAGUGCUGCCUGUCUCUGGUUGGUCGAGGCUUCCUGACAGCCAAAGAUGACAUCCUCUGCCCCGACUGUGGCAAAGACAUCUGAGUUAUCAGCAAAGCCUGGGAAGAGUCCGACCAGGUUGUCUGCCAGUCAGGAAGCUUGACAUCAUCCUCUUUGUGACCUCUGUUGCAUUAUUUAUAACAUUUAUCAGUUUCUUACACAUUAACCUGCAUGUGCUGGUGAUAUUGUGUUUCAUGUGACUGAUAUUGCAGCCUUCCUUCCACAAAGUUUUUCUUCUCUUUUGCUUGUGUUUGCGGUUAUCCAGCUGGAAGGCAAACUAUUUUUUUCAGCCAUAUUUCACUGUUUCAUGUCAAAAAUCCUAACAAACAAAACAAAUUACAUGUCUCAUUUUGGAAUGAAAGUCUUUGCAUUAGUAUAAUAAUUUCUGAUAGAUAUUGUAGACUAUAUAACAGCAUGCACAAUUCUUUAAUGGCUCACACUGGUAUGCAAAUGUUUCUACUAAUGCUGUUUGUUGCAAUGAUUAUUUUACUUAAUCAAAUCUGAACCUGUCUAGAAAAAUAAAAAUGUUUUUCACCUGGUGGACACAACAUUGACUGGGUAACUUGACUUGAUGUUGAAGAAUUAAUCCCCUUAUAAAGAGAUUAUAAGAACUCUAGAAGGAUAAUAUGCUUUUUAAGUGCUAAAGGAAAUAACAUGCCUCCACUAAUGGUUAAUGUUUGUCCUUUUUAUAAUGCAGUUGUCAAUGCUUGCAGUCAUGCACUGUUUUGUUUCCACUCACUAAUAAAAGGUUGACAAUGCUGUUACAAAU